AUGGCAGAAGUAGACCCUGAAACAUUGUUGGAAUGGUUGCUUACGGGGCAGGGUGAUGAGCGGGAUAUGCAACUUAUUGCAUUAGAACAACUUUGUAUGCUCCUGCUUAUGUCCGACAAUGUGGACAGAUGCUUCGAAAGUUGUCCUCCCCGUACAUUCUUACCAGCACUUUGUAAAAUAUUUCUCGAUGAAUGUGCACCAGAUAAUGUUUUGGAAGUGACAGCCAGGGCUAUUACAUAUUAUCUAGAUGUGUCAGCUGAAUGUACUAGACGUAUUGUAGCAAUAGAAGGUGCUAUUAAAGCUAUUUGCAGCAGGUUACUGACUGUAGAUCCUAAUAACCGAACAAGCAAAGAUCUUGCUGAGCAGUGUAUUAAGGUACUAGAAUUAGUAUGCACUCGAGAAGCUGGUGCAGUUUGGGAAGGUGGUGGUCUGCCAGCUGUGCUCCACUUUAUUACACACUAUGGGAUGUCUGUGCACAAAGAUACUCUACAUUCAGCUAUGGCUGUAGUCUCAAGGGUUUGCGGAAAAAUGGAACCAGGUGAUGAACGUGUGGGUGACGCUGUAUCAUCACUCUCGACUUUACUGCGGCACAGCGACGCACGAGUUGCAGAUGCUGCCUUACGGUGCUUUGCAUCUCUUGCUGAUAGAUUUGCGCGUGCACAUGCUGAUCCCGCACCACUUGCAGAACAUGGUCUUAUUGAGGAGUUGGUAAGAAGACUUGGUAGCACUGAGAAUAGUGACGACAAGUGCCUGGUGCCUUCUGUUUCUACAACAGUCAGCCUUCUAUCUACUCUCUGUCGUGGUUCCGCACAGAUAACUCAUGACUUAGUUCGUUUAGAUCUUUGUACUGCCAUUGAAAAAGCUGUGCAAGCUGACGAGCGUUGGUGCCUAGAGUGCAUGCGUCUCGUGGAUUUGCUGCUUGUCCUUCUGUGUGAAGGAAGGCACGCGAUACAAACCGGGGCAAGCGGCGAGGGCUCGAGCGGCGGAAGUGGAACUCGAGGAGACAAAUCGCACCGGCAGCUUAUUGACUGCAUUCGCGGAAAAGACACGGACGCCUUGCUGGCGGCGGUGUCCAGCGGGGCCGUUGACGUCAACUUCACCGAUGACGUUGGACAGACGUUGCUUAACUGGGCGGCUGCUUUCGGCACACGCGAAAUGGUCGAGUUUCUGUGUGAGAAAGGUGCGGACGUAAACCGCGGCCAGCGCAGUUCUUCGUUGCACUACGCUGCGUGCUUCGGUCGCCCUGCUAUUGCAAAGGUGUUGCUUCGCUACGGCGCCAACGCUGAUCUUCGUGAUGAAGACGGGAAAACCCCCCUUGAUAAAGCGAGGGAACGGCAUGAUCAAGGCCACAGAGAAGUAGCAGCUAUUCUGCAGUGUCCUGGCGAGUGGCUUGUCGUUAGUAAUCAUAACUCGCCGGCCUCUUCUAAUGAAGACGACUUUCCAGAGACUGGCGAUAAAGAGAUGGCAGCAAUUUAUCUUGAGCGGCUGGUUCCGGUGUUCUGCGCGCGAUACCUGGGCGCUGGCGGCGCUGGCGUGCGGCGCGCGUGCCUGUCGCUGGUGCGCAAGAUGGUGCACUGCGCGCCCGCGCCACGCCUGCGCGCGCUGUCCGCGCCGCGCGCCGCCGCGCUGCUCACGCACCUCGUCGCCAACGUCCUCGACAACCAGGACGAUGACGACGGCCAUCUGAUAGUGUUGGGUAUCGCAGAGGAACUGAUGGUGAAAGCGGCAGACAUUUACCUUGAGCAGUUUGCGCGACUUGGUGUCUUCAGUAAAGUAGAAGCGUUGGCGGCUGUUCCUGCGAACCAACUUACUACGGAUGGCGAAUCUGUCAUCGGCGCAGGGGCGGGCGAGGACGCGUCGUGGCUGGCGAGCGGCGCGGCGUACGGCUGGGGCGAGUGGUCGCUGUGCCGCGGCCGCGACGCGCUCUACGUGUGGAGCGACGUGGCCGCGCUCGAGCUCAGCACCGGCAGCAACGGCUGGUUCCGCUUCCUGCUCGACGGCAAGCUCGCCACCAUGUACUCCAGCGGCAGCCCCGAGCACCAGACCGACAACACCGAGAACCGCGGUGAAUUUAUCGACAAGUUACAGAGGGCUAGGGCAUCUGUCAAAAAUUCAAUACCACAGUCUAUUCUCUCAAAGCCAGGACCAGCCAAACUUGUCCUUGGUAACUGGACACUAUCUUGUAAAAAAGAAAAGGAACUUCUUAUCCAUAAUACAGAUGGUCAGCAACAAACAACGAUAUUAAGGGAAGACUUACCCGGAUUUAUAUUUGAAUCUAAUAGAGGAACAAAACAUACUUUCACAGCAGAAACAUUUUUAGGUCCAGAACUAGCAAGUGGCUGGGUGGAUAGAAGACCAGUAACGACAAACAAUGGAAACACAAGCCAGAAUCGUUCUAGGUUCUCGGCAAAGACUGAAGCACAGAAAACACAGGUGAGCGAGCGCGCGCGUGCGCUGUACGCGCGGCACCUGUCGAGCGCGGCCACGCGCCAGCCGCGCCCGCCCGUCGCGCGCCUGCGCGCCCUGCUCGCGCGCCUGCAGCGCCUCGCCGCGCACCCCGCAGGUGACUGGCAACAAGAACUGAGGGACUCGUUGGAUCAACUGACGGAGCUAUUGUGUGGGGAAGAACUGCUUUCAGCUUAUGAGCUACAGUCUUCGGGACUUGCACCAGCAUUACUUCAGGUUCUUUCGUCCCAACCGAAUGAGGGCGCGGGUGGUGCGGGUGGUGCGGGUGGUGCGAGUGGUGCGAGUGGUGCGGGGGGCGCGUGGGAGCGCAUCGUGCGCGAGUGGCUGGCGGCGUCGGAGUGGCGCGCGGGCGCGGCGCUGGCGGCGCGCCUGGUGGCCGUGCUGGAGAGCGUGGAGCGCCUGCCCGUGCUGGCGCCCGCCGCCGACGCGCCCGUGCCCGCCGCCGGCUCGCUGCACCACCUCGCCAAGCGCAUCAGACUUCGCGUGGAACGUGCGAGCGAGGACUCUGCGGAAGAUAAUGGUACAAGCAACAGUAACAAUGCGGGUCGCAGCUUGAAGGUCGAAGCCCUAACAACCGUGCGUCAGCUUGAGCGGUUCCUUGCCAAGUCCGUCGCGCGGCAGUGGUACGACAUGGAUCGCUCCACCUUCACCUUCGUACAGAAGAUCAAGGCAGAAGCACCAAUCACCUUCACAUAUGAUCAUGAUUUCGACGAAAACGGCGUAUUAUAUUUUAUCGGCAGCAAUGCUGGCACUAGUGAAUGGGUAAAUCCGGGUGCUCAUGGCCUAGUCAGUGUGUGGUCGUCCGAUGGUCGCCAAUUGCCGUAUGGGCGUGCUGAAGACGCUUUAAGCCGCUCGCCUGAACCCUUAAACGUUCAUACGAAUGACGAUAGAAGAGCGUUUAUCGCGCUAGAUUUGGGAUUACACAUUGUCCCCUCUGCUUAUACUUUGCGCCAUGCACGAGGAUAUGGCCGGUCGGCGCUUAGAAAUUGGCUGUUUCAAAUGUCGGCGGACGGCGUGGCGUGGAGCACGCUGGCGGCGCACAGCGACGAGCAGGCGCUGCAGGAGCCGGGCAGCACGGCCACGUGGCGCCUGCGCGCCGACGCGCCCUACCGCUACCUGCGCGUGCAGCAGAACGGCAAGAACGCCAGCGGACAGAGCCACUACCUCUCGCUCUCCGGCCUCGAGCUGUACGGCAAGGUGGUGAGCGUAGUGGAGAGUCCGCCGCGGCAGUGCGGUGGCGGUGCAAGCUCGGGCGCUGGGGCAACGGGCGCGGGUGCGGGGGCGGGGGGCGCGCGGUCGCGGCGCUGGUCGCGCGGCGCCCGCGGCCUGUGCGUGGGCGCGCGCGUGCUGCGCGGCCCCGACUGGAAGUGGCGCGACCAGGACGGCUCGCAGCCCGCCAUGGGCACCGUCACCUCCGACCUCCACAACGGCUGGGUCGACGUCAGGUGGGACCACGGCGGGCGCAACUCGUACCGCAUGGGGGCGGAGGGCAAGUUCGAUCUGAAGGUGGUGAGCGGAGGCGCGGGCGCGGGGGGCGGGGCGGGCGCCGGCCGCAAGAGCCACUCCACGCCCAGCCUGCCCGACGCCACCGCCGUCGACCACCAGGUGUCUGUAGCCUCGACAGAGCAGGCUUCGUCCGCUGACAACAUAUCAAGCGAGGAGAUGACCAGCAAUAUGACGCGCCCACGAAUGCAUGCCACUGAAGAUGUAUCUGCUAUUAACAACUCCACACACCACAUUAAUACAGAUCUCGCCACGAUAGUAGAAUCACUAACACUUGGAGCGGAAGGCAACAAUUGUUUAGCAGACUUAGGAAGUGCGUCAUUUGCAAAUAUGGAAAUGGGCCCGACAAGUAUAACCGAUAUAACGAAACCAUAUCCCGCAAAAGAACCCCUCCCGGAAGCUAACAUACAAGAGGAGAGUGAGGCGCAAAGCAACGACGAUGACGCGAUGCGCAACAGCACGAACGCUCUGUUGUCCAGCGAGUUGCUCCCUUUACCUGCAUCCUUGCUACACACGUUGCGCAAUAAUGCUAACCGCCUGCACAUACAGUGCGAGGACAGCGAGAGCGGUGAAGGUCAGUUCAGUGAUCACAAGAAAGACAAUCAAGCCAGUGGCACCGGCACAAUGAGCGCUAGUGAGCCGGAUCUUACUCAACAGGGCGCGGCGGCGGCGCGGCUGCUGGAGUCGCUGGGCGUGGCGCGCGGCGCCGCGCGAGCGCCCGCGCCCCCGCGCGCCGCACACGCCGCGCACGCCCGCCACAACCACUCCGCCGGACUCUUCCCCAGUUUGGUUCGACUGGCGCUGUCAAGUAAUUUUCCUGGUGGCUUAUUGUCAGCUGCACAAAGCUAUCCCUCACUGGCGCCCAAUGCACAGAAUGCCCUUACGUUAUCAUUGACCUCUACUUCAAGUGAAAGUGAACAGGUUUCACUAGAAGAUUUCUUGGAAUCUUGCCGAGCACCCGCACUUUUAACAGAGCUGGAAGACGAUGAUGAAGCUGACGAUGCACUCGAUAGUGACAAAGAAAACGAUCCCACUUAUCAAGAGGUAUCACGCAACCUGCUGUCGCUGAUGGAGGAGGAAGCACUGGAAGCGGUACGCAGCGGGGGCGGGGGUGGGGGCGGGGGCGGCGGGUCGCGCUCGCGCAAACCGUGGGACGAUGACUUCGUGCUCAAGCGCCAGUUCUCCGCGCUCAUACCCGCCUUCGACCCGCGCCCCGGCAGGACCAACCUCAACCAGACCGUCGAUCUCGACAUCCCCCUCAACGACGAUUCCGACGUGGAGGAGAGCUUGGACGAAGCGAACGGCAAUGUUGUCAACGAGAGCAACGCCAACGCCAACGCCAACGCCAACGCCAAUGCCAACGCCAACGCCAAUGCCAAUACCAACACCAACGCCAACAGUAACAACACAAGCAACACGGCUUCACGGAUGCCCGUGCUGCGGCUCGUUCUGAGUUCCGGCGGUGUGUCGUUGCCGCUGGACCGUCCCUCGUGGACGCUGUAUCGCGCCGUGCUCGCACUUAACUCUAAACUGUCUGCUCAUGAUACGCACAGGGACGCCACAUACACAUUGACUUACAAGGAAAUCGAGGGGACGGAUACUUUUGCGUCGUCUAGUGAUAGUGAAGAUGACGAACCUUGUGAUCCAGAGCGCGGAGUAGCGUGCUGCGAGGGGGCGGAGGGCGACAUGGUGACGUGCUGCGUGCGCGCGCUGCGGCGUCUGCGCAGCGUCGCGCCCGAGCUGCCGCCCGCAGCCUUCCUCUCCACCAAGCUCACCAACAAGCUGCACCAGCAGCUGCAGGACCCGCUCACGCUCGCCGCCGGCGCCGCGCCGCACUGGUGUCAACAACUGAACGACUGGUGUCCGUUCUUGUUCCCACUGGAGACGAGGCAGAUGUUUUUCGCUUGCACAGCUUUCGGCACUUCCCGUACUAUUGUCUGGUUGCAGGCGCAACGUGACCGCGCAUUAGAUAGACAAAGAGCGGGUAACACGGUGUCACCGCGGCGCGCUGAGAUCGAGGCAACGGAGUUCCGAACAGGACGUUUACGUCACGAACGAGUGCGCAUACCACGACAGCCCAACUUAUUGCGUUCUGCGAUGCAGGUGAUGCGCGUGCACGCGGGCCGUAAGUCGGUGCUGGAGGUGGAGUUCGCGGGCGAGGAGGGCACGGGGCUGGGGCCCACGCUGGAGUUCUACGCGCUGGUGGCGGGCGAGCUGCAGCGCGCCGACCUCGCCAUGUGGCUGCAGGACGCGCCCGCCCACGUGCCCGCGCCCGCGCCCGCGCCCGCACCGCUCCACGAGGCAGAGAAACCCCCCGGUUACUAUGUUACGCAUGCCGGAGGUCUGUUUCCCGCGUCACUUCCUCAAGAUUCUCCUAUCUGUGAUAAAGUUUGCAAAUAUUUUUGGUUCCUAGGAGUAUUUUUAGCUAAGGUGCUGCAAGAUGGGCGGCUAGUAGACUUACCAUUAUCUGAGCCUUUCUUGCGACUUAUGUGCGGUGAAGAGUUGACAUCAGAGCAUCUAAAAGAAAUCGAUCCGAUAAGACAUAGGUUCCUAGAGAAAGUUUUGCUUGCGGCGGAUGAGUAUGACGUUAUCAUGUCUGACUCUUCACUAGAAGAGAGUGAACGUCAGCGACGAAUCCAAGAGAUAACCGUAGAGGGCGCCACAUUCGAGCAACUAGCACUCACGAUGACUCACGUUGCCGCCAAUGCAGAUCCCGAUGUAGCAGUGCAGCCGCUUUGUGAUAGCGGUGAACACAUCGAGGUGGGUGCGUGGAACGCUCGCACGUACGCGGAGUCGUCUGCGCGGUGGGUGGUGCAAGCGGGCGUGCAGCGGCAGGCGGUUGCGUUCCGCAGCGGGUUCGGCGCCGUGUUCCCGCCGCGCCGACUGCGCGCCUUCUCGCCUGCCGAGCUGCGCCUGCUGCUGUGCGGCGAGCGCGGCGUCGACUGGACGCGCGACCACCUCCUGCAGUACACCGAGCCCAAACUCGGCUACACGCGCGAUAGCCCCGGGUUCCUGCGGCUGGUGGAGGUGCUGGUGGAGAUGUCGGUGCGCGAGCGCAAGGCGUUCCUGCAGUUCGCGACCGGCUGCAGCAGCCUGCCGCCCGGCGGCCUCGCCAACCUGCACCCGCGGCUCACCGUCGUGCGCAAGGUUGAUGCUGGCGAUGGUUCAUACCCAUCCGUGAAUACAUGCGUGCACUACCUAAAAUUGCCCGAGUACUCUUGCAAGGAAGUGCUUCGUGAAAGGCUGCUAGCUGCGACCAACGAGCGUGGCUUCCAUCUUAACUAA